AUGGGGAUAUUCAAGUCGCUCUUUUUGAAGGGAAAAAGUAAAAUAGAAAUCACCAAAGAUGGUGAAUCGGAUUUGUACGACAUUCGUCAUCAUAAGAGUUUAGAGGGGGUCCAUCUCGGUGAUUCUUGGACGUCUCUCGUCGAUUUAAGAAAGGACGACAAUGUACAGAUAGGAAAACGACAUUUCAAAAGUCCCGUGGCAGUAGUACCAUCUCAAGGAUACACGAAGCGCGACAAUUACAGCAAAAUUUCCAUCCAGUGGCUGGAGUGGUUGAUGGAAAAAAGUCGUCAGCGGGGUAACCCCAUUGUCAUUUCCCACGCUCUCAACGGUGGUGAAUUCCAAGUGCCAGGGACCAAUUACAGAUGUGACGGGUUUGUCAAGAUUCCUGGCGGAAACGGAACCAUUUAUGAAUUCUAUGGUUGUGUAUUCCACGGUUGUCCCAACUGUUUCCCAGACGAUAGGAAUACCAUCAAACACCCGUCUACCAAUCAGACCAUCAAAGAAUUGUACGACAUGACCAAACACAGAGAAAAGGAAUUGAAAAAUCUGGGAUACAAAUUGGUCAUUGUGUGGGAGCAUCAAUUUAAAUUUCAAUUGGAGAAGAAUGUAGCUUUGCAACAAUUCGUGUCCACCCUAGAUCUCCAAGACAGACUCGACCCACGUGACAGUUUUUUCGGUGGUCGCACCAAUGCCAUCAAACUGCAUUAUAAAGCUGCAGAAGACGAAACAAUCCAAUAUUUCGAUUUUACCAGUCUCUAUCCCUGGACCAACAAGUAUUGUCGGUAUCCCGUCGGCCAUCCGACCAUCAUAACGGACGAUUUUCAGGACUUGUCGCAAUAUUUUGGACUGGCUAAAAUAAAAAUUCUCCCCCCUAGAAAACUUUAUCAUCCCGUACUUCCAUACAAUUCGAAUGGAAAAUUGAAGUUCCCACUUUGUAAAACGUGUGCAGACAGUGAAAAUCAAAAUGAAUGUACAUGCUCUGUUGAAGAGAGAUCCAUCACGGGCACGUGGUGUACUCCUGAAAUUCAAAUGGCAACGUCAAAAGGGAGGCUUCCGGAUUUCCGGCCGAAUGCGACACGGAAGAGACCAAAAGAAAAUACAUUAGGGAAUACAAAGAAAACGAAGGUAUCCAAUUAG